GCGGAGCGCGGCGCGAUGAGCGCGGUCAGCGGCAGCGGCGCCGCCGGCGCGGCGGGCACCGCCACCUCCGCGCUGUGCCUGCUGCUCUCGCUCACCGCCGUGGCCGUGUGCCUGCUGCUGGGCGCCAAGACGGCGGAGCUGCAGGGCCGGCUGGCCGCGCUGGAGGAGCGGGGCGCCGCCGGCCACGGGCCGCUGCUGGACGCGCUGCAGCCCCGCGUGGAGCAGCUGUUCCACGAGAAACUCGGCGAAGGACUGGCGAAGCUGCGGAUGGCACGAGAGGCCCCCCCAGACUGCGUGUGCCCCCCAGGGCCCCCAGGGAGGCGAGGGAAGCCCGGCCGGCGCGGAGAACCCGGACCUGCAGUAAGUAUCAUGGAUUUUACUGUUGGAUCAACAAAAGGGCCUCUUGGCUUGGAUGGCAAACCAGGACCUCCAGGACCAAAAGGGGAAAAGGGGGAAGCAGGAGACAUUGGCCCAAGGAUGGUUUUUCCCCACUUCAGUCAUGGAUUUCUGGCUAAUGAUCAGCUUGUCUUUAGCCGGCGAGUGCUCAAGGGUGAUCAAGGUCGAGAUGGAGCCACGGGCCCCCCUGGUCCACCAGGACCCCCAGGUGCUCGGGGGCCUCCUGGUGACACGGGAAAGGAUGGCCCAAGAGGACCCCCAGGCUCCCCUGGUUUCAAAGGCGAGCCAGGAGAGGAUGGAGUCAUGGGUGCCAGAGGACCUCCAGGACCAAAGGGUGAGCCUGGUGUCCAGGGAAAAAAGGGUGAUGAUGGGAUCCCUGGGGAACCAGGACUCGUGGGCCCUAAGGGAGAAAAAGGAAGUGUGGGUCUCAAGGGAGAGAAUGGCACAGAUGGCUUCCCAGGACUGAAGGGUGAACCUGGUGAGAAGGGAGGAAUUGGCUCCACUGGACCCCGGGGUCCCCCUGGGCUGAAAGGGGAGCAGGGAGACACCGUCGUGAUCGACUACGACGGCCGAAUCCUGGACGCGCUCAAGGGUCCACCAGGUCCCCCAGGGCCACCAGGUCCCCAAGGCACUCCAGGUCCCAAGGGAGAGCUGGGCUUGCCAGGUCCACCUGGGAUGGAUGGUGAAAAGGGUCCCAAAGGAGCAAAGGGUGACCAGGGCAGCAUGGGGACCAUGGGGCAGAAAGGAGAGACGGGAGAAAUGGGCUCAGCAGGUCCCCCGGGAGCAGAAGGGCCAAAAGGAGACAGAGGAGAAAAAGGAGACACUGGGUCACCAUGUCUGCAGAAUAAUCAUAUCAUACCUGAGCCUGGACCUCCUGGAUUACCUGGCCCUAUGGGUCCUCCAGGAAUCCAGGGGCCUAAAGGUUUGGAUGGUGCCAAGGGAGAGAAAGGUGACAGUGGUGAGAAGGGGGACCAGGGUGACACCGGACCUGCUGGUCUCCCGGGUGCUCCAGGGCUCAUUGGUUUACCUGGUACCAAAGGAGAAAAGGGAAAGCCAGGGGAGCCAGGAUUGGAUGGUUUCCCUGGUCUCAGAGGAGAGAAAGGAGAGAGAAGUGAAAGAGGCGAGAAGGGUGAACGAGGAAUACCAGGGAGAAAAGGGGCCAAAGGACAGAAGGGGGAACCAGGCCCCCCUGGACUGGAUCAGCCUUGUCCCGUGGGACCAGACGGACUGCCAGUAGCAGGAUGUUGGCAUAAGGUACAGUAACAUUAAUAACUGGAUAUCCUUGAACAGGUCCUGAGUGAUUUUGCUCCCUGCAUGGUGACUGUUUGCACUGCUGCACGUGCUUCAAGCAGCAGCCCACAGGCCUGGCAGACAUGACGUUAUGCCUUGGGA